CCGCACAUCACCAUCGACUCCGGCCGCACAAAAUUCCAGUCCAGCUCCGGCCGCAUCGCUGACCUCCGGCAUCACCAACUCGCUCUGCGAUCACCCCUGCUCCGUUUACCCAGAAUCCCCUCGUCGUCGACAUCAUCACCACCGCCAGUCCUCUUCCUCUUCACCAGCACAAGUCGCCGCGUCUUCUCCGAAUUCGGCGCGGCUUCGACAUCAUCACCACCGCCAGUCCUCUUCCUCUUCACCAGCACAAGUCGCCGCGUCUUCUCCGAAAUCGCCGCGUCUCCUCCAACAUCGCCGCGUCGCUGCUCUGAUCCGGCCUUCGUUUUAUCUAGCAGCGACCAGCAACUACGGACAGCGGAGUUCGCCCUUCCGCGUCGCACUGCUCUGAUUCCGCCGUCGUGUUUGCAAUUAGGACAGUUCAAAGAUGAGUAAGAUCGACGAAAGAGUCUCUUCCGAAAUUAAUGAUGAAAACCAACAAAGAAAGAAAAAG